AUGAAACAAGGAAAAAUGGGAACUUCUGAUGAGUCUUCGCGCCUCAUCAUGGACCCAAGCCUUGCCUCCCAGCGCGCCUCUACCCGCUUCAGCACCUACAGCGCCGCCCCCUCUGUCGCCAACACCGUCCAGACAACCCUCUCCUCCGACUCGGCCAACCAGGAAAUCAGUGACAUCGAGAAUGGCCUGAUCAAGCUCGAGAACAAGAAGCUGGCCACGCAGCGCUUCGUGCCCACCAAGGAGAAGACUGAGCACCUGAGCUCGCUGGCGCUAGGGGCUAAGCUGGAGAGGGCUCUCGGCCGCAGGAUGGGAGGACAGGAUGCAGUGAUGCGCGAGCGGAAGAAGACGGUGACGGAGAAUGAGAAGCCUGCCAUGCAGCCGGAAGAGGUCGCCCCCGUUACCUGA